AUGGCCAAGUCACUUCUGUCUUUCAGCAUUCUCUAUCUGUUUCUUCUGAUCUUGUUCUUGAACUCAGGUGAAGUUUUGAGAUGUGCAAAUGGGCAAGCACCUGGGCAGGGUUCUUGGUGCGUUCCGAAGCCUUCAACAUCUGAUCAAGCACUGAUGGACAACAUCAACUUUGCCUGUGGUAUUGUGAACUGCAGCACAAUCCAAGAGGGUGGCCCCUGCUUCAACCCUUCUACUCUCAUCAACCAUGCCUCAGUUGCCAUGAAUAUCUACUACCAGCAAGAGGGAAGGCAUUUUUGGAACUGUGACUUCACCGAAUCUGGCCUUAUUGUUGUGACUGACCCAAGUAAGCAAUUUUUUUCUGAAUUAAAAAUAUUAUAG